AUGCUUGCCGCCUAUGUCAUAGCCAGCGCCAGCCUGGCCUAUUUAGUUAAGCAAUUGGUCUACCGACAGUCGCACAAGAUAACUCGGGACGGGAAAUCGCUACGGACACCGCCCGGAACACUCCCUGUAUUUGGCAACGGCCUCAAGUUUCUUUUGUUGGACCGACAGUCACUGUUUGACUGGUUUAGUAAAAUUCAAAAUGAGAUUUUUGGGUUCGAAACAUAUGAGAUCAGGGUGCCGACUUUACCACCGGGUAUAGUGGUCAGUAAUCCUGAUGUUUUGGAGUUCAUAAUGAAGAAGGAGGGAAGUGAAGGUUUUGGAAAGGGUCCGUUCUUUGAAGAACGAAGUUGGCAUUUAUUUGGUAGGCAUGGAAUCAUCAAUGCAUCAGGCCAGUUAUGGAAGAUCCAACGAAAGGCGGGGAAUAAAUUUUUCGCUGGGUCGCAUUUACAAGCUCUUGUCGAUGAAGUCUUUCCAAAGUUUUGGGAGAAGGCGAGAGAAGAGCUAGACGAGGCGGCGGAGACUGGGAAAAUCGUUGAUAUGGAGGAGCUAUACUUGGAAUUUACGACACGGGUUAUGGGUAGAGUUGCGUUUGGUAUGGACUUGUCGAAUUCACAUCCUUUCUCGGCGGCGUUUGACUAUGCGUCCGAUCUCACGGGCCUUCGUUUUCAGAAUCCACUAUGGAAACUGAACUAUUAUUUAUUUGGCCAGAAAUUCCGGAAAGCAGUUUCGAUAGUAAAGUCCUUUGGAAACGAAAUCGUCCGCCUUGCGGUGUGCCGCAGAGAAAUCGAUGAUACAUCGAUCCAUAAUGGGACCGAACCAACGGAAGAAGGUGGUGAUCUCGUCGACAUGCUCUUAGAUGCCGUCCCAGAACACCAUGUUGUUGCCGAUUCCGCGAUUAAUUUCCUAUCCGCUGGACGGGAUACGACCGCAAAUUCUAUGACUUGGGUGCUUCAUCUUCUACUGGAACAACCAGAGUUUAUACCUUAUAUCACAGACGAGCUUCCAGCUGCCGCAAUUCACACCUACUCCAGUUUGAGCACUACAUUGACCCCGAGGAGUCAUGCAGUAUUCCUCGAGACGCUGAGAUUAUACCCACCUGUGCCUUUUGAGCUCAAGCAAACUCUCAACCCGGUUGGGAUGACACUUCCUGAUGGAACUAUGCUGCCUCCCGAGAGCGUUGUUGUAUGGUGUCCCUACGCGUACGGUCGGUCGAAAAGGAUAUGGGGCGAUGAUGCCUAUGAUUUUAGACCUGAUAGAUGGAUUGAAAGAACUGUUCUCACCGACGGGAUUGAGGAAGUCAAAUUGAAGGUCAAAAGUGCAUCUGAAUACCCCGUUUUCAAUGGCGGCGCAAGGAGUUGUUUGGGGAGACGUAUGGCUGAGGUUAUGGGUGUAUGGGUAUUGGGAGAAUCAUUAAGGAACUGGGAGUUCGAGGAGGUAGAAAAAAUCGGAAGAAGGAGAAGCAGGAAUAGUUUGACUUUACCGAUGGAUGGUGGCUUGAAAGUCAGGGUUAGAAAGAGGAAAAACUAG